AUGGCUGCUGCGAGAAAAUUGCCACUUCUUGUGAUUGUUGGUGCAACGGGUACAGGGAAAUCCAAACUUGCAAUAGAGCUUGCACAGCGAUUUAAUGGAGAAAUAAUUAGCGCAGAUUCCAUGCAGGUGUACAGAGGUCUAGACAUAAUAACCAACAAGGUGACGGCUGAGGAACUACAUUGCUGCAGACAUCACCUCAUCGGCUAUGUUGACCCUUUCACCCCCAACAAUAGUGUUGUGAAUUUUAAAAAUCAAGCAUUGCCAAUUAUAGAUAAGCUGUUUGAUGAAGACAAAAUGCCAGUGAUAGUCGGAGGGACAAACUAUUAUAUUGAGGCGUUGCUUUGGAAUUUUCUCAUUAAUAACAAGGACAUCAAACGAGCGAAGAAAGAGGAACUGCAGACUGUUGGAGAUGACCAUGUGACACUGUUACCAGAGACAGAACCUAUGGAACACCUAGCAACAAGGACUAAAGGGUCUGGUGAAGACACUGACAAGUGUAAAGAUGAUUCCAUGUUGCGUUGUCACAACUCAGCUCCAAGUGUGUGUGAAAACCAUGAAUAUUCCGGUCAGAGCAACUCCAAAGUCCUAGAAGGAAGAUUUGCUGCACUUGAAACAAAUGAUUUGUACAGACGCUUGAUGCAGGUUGAUCCUGAUAAAGGAAGAAUGGUUCAUCCACAUAACAGAAGACGAAUUAUCAGGUCACUAGAAGUGUAUGAAGACCAUGGAGUAGCUAUAAGUGACAUCCACAGAGCACAGCACCUGGACAGAGGUGGGCCUGCCCUGAGUGGACCACUGCGCUAUCCAAAUGCCUGUAUACUCUGGAUUCAGUGUGAACACAAAGUGCUAUGUGAACGCCUGGAUUCUCGAGUAAACUACAUGGUGGAAAGAGGUCUUUUACAAGAACUUGACAAUUUUCAUACAUAUUACAAACAACAAACAGCUUCCCGUUCUCAGAAGCCUGACUACACGCUGGGUAUAUUUCAGAGUAUCGGCUUCAAGGAGUUUCAUAACUACCUGAUGCUUACUGAUGAUGAAAAGCAGAGUGAAAAAGGUAGACAACUCAAGGAAGAAGGAAUUGCUGAGCUAAAGCUGGUCACGCGGAGAUAUGCCAAGCGACAGAUACAGUGGAUCAAAAACAGGUUUCUUAGAAGACCUGGUGAAAAUGUACCGCUCAUUUAUAGUGUGGAUUCUACAGAAACCAGUCGGUGGCAAGAUGAUGUCCACGGUCCAGCAGAAGAAAUUGUCACUGCCAUUAUUGAGGGUAGACCAGCCAGUGUGGCUCCGGUGCAGUGUUCUCGUGAGUUGAGUGACGAGCCUGUAUACAACGUGUGUCAUGUCUGUGGGGGCCGAGUGUUCGUCACCAGGACCCAGUGGGAAGGUCACAUCAAGAGUCGUCGCCACAAAAAGCUCUUUGGCAAGAAACUGAAGACUGAGAGGGAAGAACAGCAGCAAACAGACAAACACAGUGACAGAUGUGAAGCAGAGGAAAUCAACCAUGAUGAUUACUGUCAAAUGAAAGAUCACUGAUCAUUUAAAAACGGCUAAUUAGUGUGGUAGGCCUGUGGCAAAAUUAACUAAGUUCUUUUUGCAGUAACACUAUCGCAAAGACCAUCUCUACAUAUUGCAAAAGUUAGAAAUGUUUGUGGCUCUGCAUAAUUGUUUAAUAUUGAUUUGAUGACGUCAUUAUGUAAACAACUACCAUCGACGUCCAAAACUGUGUUCAACCAACGACAAAAACAUUAAUACGAUACUUGCAGAAAGAAUAUUAUAUAUUUUUCAGUUGGGUACUUGAAAUAAAAUAUAUUCCAAUCAGUUAACGAAAAAAUAAAUCAAUAACAUGGAUGUAAAACGAAUCCAUUCUAGUAAACAUGAAUAUAACACCAUCCAGUAAACAGGAAAGCAUUUUUGUUUGUAACUGUUCUUUCCAUACCUUGGCACACCUUAGGUGGGCCAUGUAUUUUGUUGAUGGUCCUGGCAUGUAUCCGUCAAUCACAACAGCAGCUUUAGGAUAGUAUUCAGUCGCUGAAGUUAGGAGCUACUAAGAAGUUACUAACUGUAGGUCAUUUUAUGCUGACAGACUCUGAGAGCAUUACCAUUGACAAGAACAAGUUUCCAAAGCUCAUUUGCCAGUGCUGCCUUAUUUUAUGUCAUCAGAGAUGGUAUUGGUAGCUGUUAUGAAAAGUUGCAAAAGAAGUUGCGUGUCAACUGAUUGUGGCCUGCCAUCCACAUUACAGACAUGUUUUCCCCUUAAUGUCUGGUCUUCCUCCUUCUUCAGGGUAAUCUCUACCACUGUUUGGCUUUGAGUUCCAGUGAUUUCCUACAUGAUACUGUUUAUAUCAGCACAUGCUGGCAUGGAAAGCACUCACUUUGCAUGGUGCGAUUCGGUUAUCUCUGUCCCUCGAAUGAGGUCACCAUUGUUUUUCCAUUACCAUAGUUUGACACCCAAUAGCUGAUGUAUUUUUCUUGCUGGGGUGUCAUUAAACAUUCGUUCGUUCGAAUGAGGUCACCUGCUGUUUUACACUGUGCAACACGGUCUGCUCAAUAGGUGAAGUCUGGUGAAAUGCCAGCCUAGUAUCUGUUGCUUCGUCUUACAACAUGGUGUCACUCAUGAAGCUUUUAUUGACAACCUGGUUGGUUUUGUCAAGUAUGGUCAUCUGUUGCAGGAACAGAUAGCAGAGUUUGUAUAUAAGUUGUGUCCAGCUACAGCAAGAUAUGGGAGUAUCUUAUGUACAGCUGACCGGUGAAGGAACCAGCCUCCAGAAAGCAUUUCAUUAUAUCAACCAUAGACAUAUACUGUAGCCAUAGUUCACUAGUUCUUCCAAUCAAUGUCAGUUUCGUUUCAUGCAGCUUUCUGCUGAUCCUGGUGAGAUGGUCAUUGUUUUUCACAGAGCCUGGUGACAGUUAACCCUUCAACAGUUUGUCGUGCAAGGAAGAGAUUACUUCAAGAUCUUCCCUGUCCUCGAAUUCACUCGCUACACACAACAAUAUCCUUUUUCAAAUAUGAGGAAACUCAAGUUUGGGGAAUUGCUUCCAGCUCUACUUGACAGUCAGUCUCCUGGUCAGUGUUUUAGAGUCUGUUCCACUAAUAGUUAGUAUGACAGUCUUCCCAUCCGCGUUGAUGGUCUUUUCGCACGGUGCACACAGCUCCAUGGUCUUUCAGAAUUAUGUCCCUGAAAACCAAAAUGUAUGGUUAACAUGUAUGCAGGAUGAAUUUAACAUGAAUGUGUGUAUGUGGGCCUUCAACGACCCCCAUUGUAACAUUUUGUAAAAUAAGACCAACUCCUCUGAAGUGGUGUGUGUGUGUGUGUGUGUGUGUGUGUGUGCGAGCGCACGUGCGUGUGUGUGGGUUUUUUUUAUAUUAUUAAAUGCCAGAGAAAAGAACAAAUACUCUGCACUGACUAUGAAUAAAAUAAUGAGUACAUUGGU